GUCUUAGUGAACUGAAUUUAUUAUAGUGAGUUGAAGUGACUUUGAUAUGUGAAAAAUUUGCGUCUGGGGAGUGGAGUGCUGCUUAUUUUAAGAACCACACGCGGUGUAGUUUACAGUGAAUAACGCGGCUUACAUUCAGCUGUUGGAAAGUUAACAUGGGUGACAGCGAUGACGAGUAUGAUCGAAAGCGUAGGGACAAAUUUCGUGGUGAAAGAACAGAAUCUUACCAGAGAGGGGAGGGUCGCCGUGGGGGUGGCAGUGAAGAUAGACGGAGGGACGAUUGGAUUGAAAGAGAUUCUUGGGGUGGCCGAAAUCGUCCUCGCACUGACUAUCGGGACUACAGAGGGGGAGGUAGAGAACGUUACAGCCCAGUUCGAACACAUGACAUUUCACCACCAAUGAAACGUGUUCGAACUGAUUGGGAUGACAGGAGAGGAGCCGGGGGAUACGGCCAUGAGGGUGCUGGUGGUGGGUAUGGUGGAAACUAUGGUGGCUCUUGGGCACAUGAAAGCUAUAAUUCACAACAUUCUUAUGGAAAUCACUCCAGUAGUCAAAGCCGUGAUAUGCAGUCCAUUGAGACACAGCCUCCAAUGAUGUCAUUCAAAGCAUACCUGCAAACCCAGGAUGACAAUAUAACAGAUGAAGAAGCUAUCAGGAAGUACAAUGAAUACAAGUUAGAAUUCAAGAGACAGCAACUAAAUGAAUUCUUUGUGGCACAUAAAGAAGAAGAAUGGUUUAAAAUUAAAUAUCACCCUGAAGAUUCAGUGAAAAGAAAAGAAGAACAGAUGAAUGCUCUGAAGAAUCGUGUAAAUGUGUUUUUGGAAUUCCUCGACAAUGGUCGCCUGGACAAAGUUUCAGUGGAUGCUGAUCAAUCGGAACAAUUAAUUCGUCUUUUGGAUGCAGUUGUCAUACGUCUAGAAGGAGGUACAGACUUUGAUCUUCAGGUAUUAGAUGAGCCAAAAACAACAUCAACCUCUGCACAAAGUGCUUCAUCCAACCAGCAAGGAAAAUCCGGUAGCUCAGCUCCACAGAAUGUGGAUAAACCACCUGAUCCAGAAGCUCCCACAGACUCUGUCAAACAGGAAGAAGAGGAGGAAUCCAAACCUUUCAUUCUUGGUGAAGAAGAAGAAAAGAAGAAAGAACGCGAGAAACCUGUCGAACAAGAGGUAAAGAAAGAUCCUUCACAGCCACUGAAAUUGACAAUCAGUUCUGAGCAAGUUGAGCUGCAGAAGAAAGCUAAAGAAUUUUUAAAACAAAGGUCCUUUGAAGAGGAAAGCAAUUCAUUAGUGCAGAACAAAAAAAGGAAACGAGAGUAUGAAUAUGAGAGUGGUAGUGAAAGUGGGGAUGAACCUCCACCACCAGGUGAAAGCAAUGAUAUAGAAGAGGAAGAACCACCACCACCUGGAUUGGAAGAAUCGAAAGAUGACGAAAGUGAACUAGAAGAUGAUGAAAAAUCCAAAGAAGUCAGUUCACCAGAAAAAGCUGAGAAAAAUAAAUCUGAAGAUGAAGCAGAUGAAAAUAUGAUGGAAAAGGAAGACGAGGGGAAACAAGAAAAAACCAAAUCUGCUGAGUCAAAAAAAGAUGACAAUAUGGAAGAUGGUGAAGAGCCAAUGGAUAUAGAGGAUGCAGGAAAGGCUAGUGGAAAGUCUAGAGAGAAGAGUGAGGAGACAAAUAAGCCAAGGCCAUUACAUCGCACAGCUUCUAUUUUUCUGCGCAAUUUGGCUCCUACAAUAACAAAACAGGAAGUAGAAGCAAUGUGUAAGAGAUAUCCUGGAUUCCUACGUGUGGCUAUUGCUGACCCACAGCCUGAAAGGAGGUGGUUCAGGAGAGGUUGGGUAACAUUUGAAAGACAAGUGAACAUUAAAGAAAUAUGUUGGAACCUCAACAACAUUCGGCUGCGGGAUUGUGAACUGGGAGCUAUUGUAAAUCGUGACUUAAGCAGGAGGAUUCGAACUGUAAAUGGCAUCACAUCACAUCGCCAGGUUGUCCGAAAUGACAUAAAAUUGUCAGCUCGUAUAGUCCACAAUUUGGAUGCGAAAUGUGGACUGUGGCUUGAUGGAGAAAAUAGCAAUAAUAAAACAGAAUCAGCAGAAGCAGAUAAGAAGAAAGAUGAGCAGCAUGUUCCAUCUGCACUAUUGGACCAUAAGAAAGAUACUUUUGGACUUGUAUCCAAGAAUCCCAUAUUGAAAAACAUCACUGAUUACUUAAUUGAAGAAGCUUCAGCAGAGGAAGAGGAACUCUUGGGGCACAGUUCUGAACAAGAAGAGUCUCAACAAACAGAAGAAACAGCGACAGUGGAGAGAGAUGAAACUCUUAUAAAGGUGCUCGACAAACUACUUUUGUAUCUGCGUAUUGUUCACUCUGUUGACUACUACAAUCACUGUGAAUAUCCAAAUGAAGAUGAAAUGCCGAACAGAUGUGGUAUUAUGCAUGCCCGUGGCAUUCCUCCAUCUUCCAAGGUUACACCACAGGAGCUGAGUGAUUAUUGCCGUACAUUUGAACAGAAAAUUGCAUCAUUCCUCCAGCCAAUCACGCUGAUUUCGGAUGAAGAAUAUAACAAACUUGGGCAUAAAGAUCCUGACAUUGAAGUUGAGAAAUUUAUACAGGCAAAUACUCAAGAAUUAGCCAAAGAUAAAUGGUUAUGUCCGCUGUCCGGUAAAAAGUUUAAAGGACCAGAAUUUGUUAGGAAGCACAUUUUCAACAAGCACGCAGAAAAAGUUGAAGAAGUGAAGAAGGAGGUUGAAUAUUUUAACAACUACUUAAGAGAUCCAAAGAGACCACAACUGCCAGAACAUCCAGGGAAUCGACAGGGGAGAAAGGAUUCUGGAGCGGAUAGCAGAGAAGGCUUUCCUGCACCUGCUCCGUAUGUUCCUCAUUACCAGUAUAAUUAUGGGGGUCGUCACGCUGGUUAUGGAGGCCACGGCUUUGGAUAUGGUUAUAAUCAGGGCUACAACCAAGGGUAUGCAAGACCAAACCGGGGAGGAUACAGUCGCGGCAGGUCCCCGCCUAUUGAAUCUGCUCGUCCAAUAGUUUCUUAUAAAGAUGUAGAUGUGCCAGAGGUUCCAGAGAUCUUCUGAUUAUAAUUUAUUUUUACAUAAUGACAUGCACACCCUUUGUGCAUAUUUUAUUUGCUGGUGGCAGAAAUUAGAAAUGUUAACACUUUUUCUUGAAUAUAUUAUUGUUACUAAAGCUAUAAAGAAGUGUAAAUUGUGGUUUGUAUUGAGACAUUUACUAUAUGUAUGUUGUGACAUGGUAUGCACCACUUCAUUGUUAGGUGCAAGCUGACUUUCUGCUUUCUGUGACCAAAAUAAUUCAUUUGCACCCAAAUGUCUGACAGAAUUGUUACAGUAACUGGGGGCUCAAUUUGUACUGAAUUCAUCAUAUAGUUAAAAAAAUUUGCAUUGUCUACAGUUUAGGGCAUGUUCUUUGUUUGUUUGUUUGAAGUAUUACAGCUAUGUUGUGAAAUCUACAUAAUCCUAAUAAUGGGCAUAUCUUGUCACAGUUUGUUAUUUCUUACAGUUCUAAUGAUGUUACAUAAAUUUGUUAAGAAAAAAAUAGAAUGGUAUUGUGAUAUGUUGUAUAGACAAAUUUAACUUUCAAUGUCAGAUGCUCAAGGAUAAUAAAACACUUUUGUUAUUUUAGUUAA